CCCAUACCUCUAUCUACUCCACGCAAGAACCCUAAUUGCUCAAUUCAAAUUUCCUCUCCAAGAAAUUCCUCAAGAAUCCUUCCGAUACCUAGUUCUAUAGUUUCUCAAUUUCACGUUCCUGCACAUAGAAGAAGAAGAAGAGCAGCAAUUCGCAUUCAAUCAAUCUAGGGUUUCGAUAAUCAGUGGGAGAAGUUCUUCUCAGCUUUAAGGAUACCUUGGCGAGGAGCAACAAUGGCGGCAUUAGCUCCUGGAAUCCUUUUAAAGCUUCUGAACGGAAUGAACACAGGUGUAAAGCCCACCGGCGAGCACAGAAGCUCCCUAUUACAGGUAACCGACAUUGUCCCCGCCGAUCUUGACGAAAAGAAUCUCUUGCCUAAACACGGAUUCUACAUCAAAUUAUCAGAUUCAUCCCACUCGAUCUACGUCAGCUUGCCCUUCGAUCAAGACGAUCUUGUGAUGAGCAACAAGCUGCAAUUGGGGCAGUUCAUAUACGUCGAUCGUCUCGAGCCGGGGUCGCCGGUCCCAACCCUUAAGGGCGCCCGUCCCCUCCCGGGAAGGCACCCGAUGGUCGGCACACCGGAGCCAUUAAUGGGGCUCCGGAGGAAGGGUGAGAAAGAUCAGCACAGAACAAAUUCCCAAAUUUUGGUCCCGACAAGGGCCUCGUGGGCAACAGGGAUCGCCGGAGGCGAAAUUCUUGGAUCGCCGACUAGUGUGAAGCCUGUUCCGAUAGAUUUCGACAAGUGUAGCACUCCGGUUAGAGCCCGGCCGUCGAGUGCGGUGCGGUUUUCGGUGUCUCCCUUUGUGAGGAAUGGAGGAAGUGCUGCCAAGCCUUGUAAUGGUGGUAAAGCAGAGACUCCAUUGACAAGGAAAAGCUGUGUUUUCAACAGUUCUUCUAGAAGCAAGAGCGUUCCAAGAAGUCCCCUCAAAAUAGCUGACAAGAAGUGUUCAACUCCUCCAAGAUUGAGGAACUUGAACACAGGGGAUUCACCUUCAUCUGGAAAACCAGAGGAUCAUCAAUCAAGGAUCAAAACCAAAGCCAACGCACAAUCGCAACAAACUAUAUUCGAUGAAUCAUCGACGACAACUGCGCCGCUGAAUUUGCCCGGAAAACUCAACUUGCUCGGAAAAGAAGCUCUCCGGCAGCGGGAGACGAUGCAGAAAGCCGCCCUUCAGGCGCUGAGGGAUGCCUCGGCGACUGAGAACGUCUUUCGAUGUCUCAAGGCAUUUUCUAACCUGACGAAAUCAGCAAAGGUCGAAUCUCCGGCGACCUGUUUCGACCAAUUCCUCGAAUUCCAUACGCAAAUUGUCCAAGCGGUGGCGGAAAUGGUGUCGCUGCAGGCAGCCACGGCGGCUACCGACGACAACAGCACGACGUCGUCCGAUUCGCCGACGAAUCACGCGUCGAAGAGGACUUGUGCGCUCUACAAAUCCGUCGCGGCAGAUCAGAAAUCAUCGGUUACGAGAAAGCAUUUCCGAUCGACGAGCCUGGACAACGACGAAAAUAGAGCGCCGGGAACGGCAGCAGCAGCAGGUGGUUCUUCAUCGUCUAGCAGCAGCUUGUCGAACAGCAUUCAGCUUGGGAGGGAGAUUGAAAUGGAGGCGGGGAAUUGGUUCAUGGAUUUUCUAGAGAAAGCGGUGGAGAAGGGAAUGAGGAAGGCGAGAGGGAGAUCGGAGGAAUCGGACGGCCGGAAAGUGCCGCAGUCGGUAAUACUAAAGGUGAUCAAUUGGGUGGAGGUGGAGCAGAGCGAUCCUAGCAAACGUGUGCAUCCUCGAGCUGCAGCCAUCGCCAGGAAGCUCAGGAUCAAGAUGAAGAAUCCAUGACCUUUGGGGGGAGCUCUCUAAUUAGGGUUUGGAAUUGCUGCUGAUUUGGGAAUUGUGUUCUUCUUCUGCUUGUUGUGUUGUUACAGUUGGUGUGAUCAUUUUUCUCUGGUCCUAUAUAAAAACAUAUAUACAUGUCAGUCUGUAUUAAUGUUUCAGUAUAUCAGAAGAAAAUAAAGAAAAUUCGAGCGCGUCGUUAGCACGUGC